AACCUGCAUCCCGGCACCCGCCAGUCGGGCCGGCUCGUCGCAAGGAUGAACGCGAACACCGGCAGCGGGGGCGGCGGGGGUGGAGGCGAAUCGAGGAGCGAGAAGGAACACAGGACCGUCGACGGGCCGGAGGAGGCAGAAACGGAGGCGGAGGCGGAACGCGGAGCUGGUCCUGCGGAAUAUGGGAGCGCCGACGAGACCGCUGCGCUCCUCAGCAGACCGCCACCCCCGAUCCUGGUGCCGAGCGCGAAGCCCGUCCUGACGCGGCAGGACCGCGCCACCUUCCUGGUCACGUCGCCGCGGCUCUCGGGCUCCGGGCUGGGCGGCUCCGAGGAGAGCGCUACCAACGAGGAGCCCGCGACUCGCUCCGUACCGGACAUCGAGCUCGACUGUAGGCUCGAACGCGACUCCCAGCAGCAGCCGGUCGCGGUUCCGCCGCCGCCACCGCUGCCGCCGCACGCGACGACCUACCUGACGGCAAGGCCGAGCCUCACCCGGCAACCGGUGCACCCACCCUCGAGCAAGUGUCGCUGCGACCGCAGGGACUCCCUGGCUCCCUCCUCGGCGCUCUACCUCGCGCGCAGCACCUCCAGGGAAAGCGUCAGGAGCGGGGCGCACCAUUGCUGUCCUUGUCAGCUGGCGGGACAGACGCCGCACGUCCUCGUGACGACCGGCUCGCCGAGCUCGAGGAUUAUCCGGCAGAGCUCUCAGCCCGAGUCGGCGAGUAUGUGCUGCUGUUCAGGGUGCUGCUGUCCGUUACACGCCGCGGCCGCCGGGGCGCCGAGCGCCGCCUCCCUCAGACAGCUCAGGGAACCCGGCGACGGGAUCGCCGGCAUCGCGGCCGACUCGCUGCGGAUCAACGGCGGGAUCCGACAGUUUCGACAGUUCCCGUGGUGGUGCAAAUCGUCGCCGAGCACGGCAGCGAUGACUCCGCCGGCCCCGGUGGCCCCGGUUGCCCCGGUGGCGAGUUCCGGCUCGGCCUCGGCGUCGGCGUCGGGCUCGGGCUCGGGUUCCGGCGCGCAGGGCGUCGUUCUCUGCCCACGCACGCUCGCCCAGCUCCGGCGGUCCAGACUGCGCCGGGCCCUCACCGAUGCCACCGCCGAGACCCUCAGCUACGUCAAGACGCUGCGGAAGCCAGUCUCGACUCUGUCGAUUCCCGGAGCGAUGAAGAGCUGCGGUGGAGGCGGCGGCGCCAGCGCCGGGGGCGGCGGCAUGGCGGCAGGCGGAGGGCCCGGCGCCAGCGGCGUCCAGGUCGGAGGCGCCGGCCCCGGCGGCAGGGGCAGCGCCGACGAGGCCGGCAUCGCCCUGGUCGGCGUACACUCCGAGUACCCUCGCUACGUCGAGGAACGCUGCCUCGGCGGCGGGUCCACCAAGGGACCCUCAGGCAGCAUCGGCCCUGCCUCCAAGCACAAGCCCAACGUCGGGUAUCGCCUUGGACGCCGGAAAGCCCUCUUCGAGAAGCGCAAACGCAUCAGCGACUACGCCCUUGUCAUGGGCAUGUUCGGCAUCAUCGUCAUGGUCGUGGAAAACGAACUGUCCAGUGCUGGCGUUUACACCAAGGCCUCGUUUUACUCGACGGCGUUGAAGACCCUGAUCUCCGUGUCUACUGUGAUACUACUUGGCCUCAUAUUCGCUUAUCACGCCUUGGAAGUUCAGUUAUUUAUGAUCGAUAACUGCGCCGACGACUGGCGGAUCGCUAUGACCUGGCAACGAAUGUCGCAGAUCUGUAUCGAACUGAUCAUCUGCGCGAUUCACCCGAUACCAGGAGAAUAUUAUUUUCUAUGGACGACCAAACUCGUUAACAAGACUGGCGACAUGGGCUCCAAGUGGGUGCCAUACGACGUCACCCUCUCCCUCCCGAUGUUCCUGAGGCUCUACCUGAUCUGCCGAGUGAUGCUCUUGCACUCGAAGCUGUUCACCGACGCCUCCUCGAGGAGUAUAGGAGCCUUGAAUCGCAUCAACUUCAACACGAGGUUCGUCCUCAAGACGCUGAUGACCAUUUGCCCAGGGACCGUUCUCCUGGUCUUCAUGGUGUCUCUCUGGAUCAUCGCCUCCUGGACCUUGAGACAGUGCGAGAGGUUCCACGACGAGGAACACGCGAAUCUCCUCAACGCCAUGUGGCUGAUCGCCAUCACGUUCCUGAGCGUCGGAUUCGGCGACAUCGUCCCGAACACGUACUGCGGAAGGGGAAUUGCCGUGUCCACGGGGAUGAUGGGAGCUGGCUGUACCGCGUUACUGGUCGCCGUUGUUUCCAGAAAAUUGGAGCUGACGAGGGCCGAGAAACACGUGCACAAUUUCAUGAUGGACACGCAGCUGACGAAAAGGUUAAAGAACGCCGCUGCGAACGUCCUUCGAGAAACCUGGCUCAUUUAUAAGCACACCAGACUGGUAAAGCGAGUGAAUCCAGGUCGCGUGCGGACUCACCAACGAAAGUUUCUUUUAGCCAUUUAUGCACUCAGGAAAGUCAAGAUGGAUCAACGAAAAUUAAUGGACAACGCAAACACGAUCACGGAUAUGGCGAAGACGCAGAACACCGUGUACGAGAUAGUGUCGGACAUGAGCACGCGACAGGACGCGCUGGAGGAGCGAUUGAUCAACCUGGACGAGAAGCUGACGUCGCUGCAGGAACAGCUGGAGAUAUUGCCGGAGGCGUUGACGAGGAGUAUGACGCAGCACUCGGAACGUCUGGACCAACGGCGGAAUUUCCUGCACCCCGACACGGCCGUGGCGAUAGCUAUGUCGAGCGGCAGCGGCGGCUUCGCGGGGGGUUGCGGAAUCGGCGACGCCGUCAUGGGGGGUGCGGUCGUGGGGUCCGCCCCACACCCGCUGACCGGUCUCUCGAAUUCGCCGCUACUUCCACAUUCUCGCAGCGUCCCCAGCGCGCCUAGUUCCAUGUCGCUGCAUCCUUGGCCAGCCAGUCCGGUGCUGCCACCGAUUUCGAGCAGGACGCCUCACCUGGUCCCCGAGACUGGUCUGGGAACGGGUCUAGGAAGUGGUCUGGGAGCCGGAUCGGCUACCGGAUCCGGUGCCGGAACCGGAACCGCGACCGCCAGGCACCACGGCAUCGUGCACGCCAUCAUCCCCACGGGUUCGCAGUCGGCCAGCAGAUUCAUCUCCCAGCCCGGGAUGGGGGGGCUGGGGAACAGCCAAAGUUCCGACACCUCCGCGCACAGCUGAGUGUCGUCCUUGCAGCCGCAGCACUCCUACUAACGAACAAACCAACGGGCUGUCUCGUUCGGCGCGAACUCUUGCACGCCUCCUACGUUUCCGCUCGACAUCGGACCACCUCGAGUCGCCCGCCCACGUCCGGGUACAUAUCCG